GUUUUAAGGCCUUCAAGAAAGCCCAAAAUCACUUCUUUCAUAAACUAGGGUUUCCUCCUCAUAUAUAAACGAAACAAAAACCCUAGUCUGCGCUUCUCAUAUUAGAGCGCGAGAGAAAGAGAGAGAGAGAGAGAGGCCUCGGAGAUCGUAGUCGUCUUCUCUAAUUCUCAGACAUGGGUACUUUCAAGUUCCACCAGUACCAGGUUGUUGGGAGGAAGCUCCCUACGGCAUCUGAUGAGCACCCUAAGAUUUACCGAAUGAAGCUCUGGGCCACCAAUGAGGUUCGCGCCAAGUCCAAGUUCUGGUAUUUCCUGAGGAAACUGAAGAAGGUCAAGAAGAGCAAUGGCCAAGUGCUUGCCAUUAAUGAGAUAUUUGAGAAGAACCCAACUACUAUCAAGAACUAUGGUAUUUGGCUGCGGUAUCAAAGCAGGACAGGUUAUCACAACAUGUACAAGGAGUACCGUGACACAACCCUCAACGGAGCUGUGGAGCAGAUGUACAUUGAAAUGGCUUCUCGCCACAGGGUCAGGUUUCCUUGUAUCCAGAUCAUCAAGACUGCUACCAUCCCGGCUAAACUUUGCAAGAGGGAAAGCACCAAGCAAUUUCAUAACUCCAAGAUCAAGUUCCCAUUGGUGUUCAGGAAAGUGAGGCCACCUUCCAGGAAGUUGAAGACUACAUACAAGGCAUCGAGGCCCAACUUGUUUGUGUAACUUGGUUAUUUGAUCAAAAAGCUUAAAGGAGGGGUUAGAGUUGGACCUGUUUCUGAAUCUUGCUGUUUUUUGGAUAUUUAUUUUAUUCGACUAUCUUAGAACAACAAACAGUUGGAGUACCUAUUGGGGUUCUGACGAUCCCUUUUUACUUCAAAAAUCGCUAUCAAUUAUGGUUGUUGCUCCUUUUCUGCACUCAACGUUGAAUGGUACCCUCAAUUUUAUGUUUCUUUUUCUCGA